CAAAUAUGAACACGACACCACUGGGCAGCAUGCGUUGGGUAUUGGGAGUUUUGGACGGUGGAUGGGCAGCGGCGGCAGCUCAUUGGCCAGUAAUGCUCGCCUCACUUCGGAGACUUGGGCCAGAGCUUCGAUGUCACAGCUCUUUCCUCCUUCCCUUUCACUCACCUCUCACCUCUCACCCUCUAACAACCCGCCACCUGUAUGCCAACCGCGGAGGAAGCUAUAGCUCGACGAGUUCCUUCUUGAGACCCCUUUACUCACUAGAGACAGCUUUGCUGCCGUCCUCAGCUUUCCUCCGACGCUCGCGCUACCCAUCUCUCGCCUGUAAGCUGGCACUUAGAGAAUCGAGCUUGCUAUACACCUGUUCAUUUACAUAUGCGUCCUAUCGGCCGAGUGCGUGGGGUGGGGCUCCCGGCGUGAGCUCCUCCGGGGUGGGGUGGAUACAUUAUGGACGAACGCGAGACGAGUGUGUCGUCGUCUUCCGACUUCUACGGAUCGGACCAGAAGUCAAAUACACGGAGUAGCAAUUCGCUUCAGCCACAUCUACCUACCAAACGCAAGGCUGAGGAAGCCGAAGUGCUACCCGGAAAGAAGCAGAAGCUUGACUCUCCCCUCGCGUUUCCUACAACUGAACUGUUACCAUGCGCUGGGCUUCCGCCGGCGGUAUGGCAACACAUCUUUCUUUUUUGUCCCCUCAAGACGCUGGGUCGAUUGCUUCAAGUCAAUCGAUCUUUUCAUUUCUAUCUGACAGAGAUCCGCGAUGCUGCCUUCCUGAAUUCAAAUCCCAGCUCUCUUCGGCUUCUGAAGUCCGAAUCGAUUUGGGCGUCCGCACGCAAUAUGCACCCUACGAAGCCUCCGAAACCCCUUCCCGGCUUUACUGAGAUUGACAUGUGGCGUCUUGUUUGGUCUAAAACAUGCCAGUUCUGUCAGAAACCCGCUUUCUUUACUCCAGGAGAGAAAAUAUGGCAAAGGGGCCCAGGGCCAACAGGGGUGCGCGUUAUAUGGCCUUUUGGUAUCAGAGCUUGCGGCUCCUGUGUCACGUCGAGGUGUCAAACUGAUGCAAGCCUCCUUUUCUCCAACGCAUCUGCACUCCGUCCCGCUCUCCCCUUCGCACUUAUUACGAGUGAUGCCAAUUAUAUACCCGCUUAUACUCUCCAAGCUGCUACAACUCCUGCGCAUGUGGAAAUCUCGAAGUACUAUUAUAAGCCUCAUGUGGUGGAGCUUACCGAGGAGCUCGAGCGAGCCCUGAGUUUGGGACCAGCUGCUGCUGAGGAAUGGUACAAGGGCUUAGAAGUGAGAGGAAAAGACCGAAUGAAAUGUUACGAAAACUGGGAACGUUGGGAAGUGAAAUAUCAGUGGUGGGAGAAACAUCAGGCCACAAAGACGACUCCUCCAACAACCUCUUUAGCUCCAAGGAACUCCCCUCGGCGACGUCUAUCGCCUUCUCAGCCUCAAACAUCGGCUAUAAUCCAUGCUCCGGUUCCUGUCCUCACAAGUACUCCUCAUCCUCCAACGAGCAAGGCGUACGCACUGUCGGUGACAAAUACUCCACUACCAGCGCCUACGGUAGGAGCACACAUUCCGCGUGGCGAGCGGAACCUCCACGACGCGAUUGAGGCGAAGGCGAAUCGCAAAUUGGAGAUUGAGCGCCGCGCCAUGCUUCUUGAUCCACCCAUUCCGCCGACCAUUUUGCGUCACAUGGAAUCUUUCAAAGCAGCCAUACAGAUUUCACAGCCCCUUAAUGACUAUGCUUGGAGCAUGCUCUAUCCUCGGUUGCUAGCACAACUCCCGGAAGCACAGCAAGCUGAAUUAGAGCAUUCCUCACGGCUCGCAUCUGCCAAUUCUAGAGUAGCAGACCGACGUCUACACGACCCCAGUGCAAAGGAACUCAAGGACGCGUUGGACCGUGAAUGGGAGGAAUUGCAGAGACCGGUUCGGGACAAACUUAACGCUCUUGCCGAUGAUAUCAUCAAUCAAGACUGGGACCGCGGCAGAGCCGUCACGCUUGAGAACAGCCCAAAUUUCGCAGCUGAUCUCCUGGUAAACAUCCGCCGAAGAUAUUAUGCCGAAGUCGGUGAGGGUGCUAUCCCAUCGAACACGCAGAACUCUGACCCCUCAAUCGUCCACGGAAGGAGAAGACUUGUCUUGGAGAAUAUGAAGUGGGUGUACGAUCACAAACUGAAGCCUCUGACUGAACAGUUCCGCAAAGAGCUCUUUUUGUGCAACGGAAGCGGCUGCGAGGGAAAUCCUCGCUUCUACGGGUUUGAAGGAGUUAUACAGCAUUUUGCAGCUAAGCACACUAACGCCUUCAGCAGAGGCAACAUAGUUGUUGCAUGGAGAGACGCAGAAUGGCCAGAAGAGACCCCAUUCCAUCCGGAUCCUAUCUCAGUUAAAAAUGCCCAUCACCAUGGCUCGUACCAUCCCGGAUAUGGUCGUCCUGGAACGGUCACACCUCAUAACAUACAGUCAACCAUCCCAAAGGCAAGCCCUUCUCCGUAUAUAUAUAGUAGCCAGUUCCCUGGGCCUUUCCCGCCGCCAAACCUUGCACCCCAAGCAGGCUCCGGUGAUGAUGAUGCUCAACCGUACGCGGGAUCCAAAGGGACAUUCUUGCAGCCGCAGAUUGGACCACCAGAGUAUGCAGCCAGGGCGAGCAUGCAUGGCCAGAUUGCAUCCCCAUCUUUGGGAAACCGUAUUCCUGUGUCUUCCGCCAAUCAUCGGCCAACCUCUCAUGCAGAUGUAGCGAGGACUCAUGACCCAGGAUCUGAGAACAACCCCUCCGGGCGAGAGAUUCGGUUUGAGGCGCACCGGAAACAAGUGAGUACUAUCAUCCAAGCGGCCCAGAAAGUGUGGAGACAGACUUCUGCCGUUCAUGAUAUUCCCAACGGUCUUCGGCUUUAUGUUCUCUUACAUCAUGUCAUUUCAAGAUCUCGUUUGGAGUUCCACCACGAACUCACUUGGGCUCAGUUUCGUGACGCGUUUUUGAGCCCUGAAAUGCCAAGCGCCAUAAAAUAUGCUUCUGGCCUUUUCUGCAAAGCUUGUGGGAUUGCCUCCCCUCCUCGGACUGUUGCUCCUUCUACCAGGCUUCACGAACGAACAUCUUAUUCCUCGCUGGACCUUCUCCGUCAUUUUGAAUCCCAACAUAUGACCUCUCAAGACCAAGGGCAUGGGAGCGGCCAAGUUAUUCCCUUGGACUGGAAGGAGGAUAUGAUAGAAAUUCCUAGCGGUCGUUUUAUAUCGGACCUAAUCCAUAAUCCAAGAAUGGACGACGAAACAUUACAUCUUUUUGCUGCUGUAUUUACCAGGCGGUUUCCAAGUCCCCUUCCAAGGACAGGCGGCAACCAUGGAAUAUCAUCUUAUCUAUUGGCCAACACCAUUCGUAACACCUCGCCACUGCCUAGAGGUUUAGUUGCGUCACUGGAGCAUUCUGGGCCAUCUCCGUUAGAUCCACAUUUCACGGACUCUCCAGAACCGCCUAAACCCAGUCAAGAUGAGUAUGACCCCCACCGUCCAGCCUUAGUUGCACCAGCAAGGCCUUCCAACUCAGUGCGUAUGCCAAAAUCUAGGAGGCAGUCGCCAGUGGAAUCUUUGGCUCGCCAUGAAGGCGAAUACGUUUAUCGGCCUUAUGCUCCUAUGGAUGAGGUUUACAACUCCAACUAUCAAUCCACCACUCGAAACCAGAUAUCCCGGGACCACGAUCCUGCAGCCAGAGAAGCACCCAUGCGCUAUGCCGUGUAUACAGGGUAUGAGGACAACCAAGACGUGCCCAACAGGACCGUCGCAUAUGCACGUCCACACGACUCGGACGGAUCCGAAAGGUAUCUGAUGCACGCAUAUCAGGAGCACGACCAUGGUAACCAUGAAAUAUAUACGGCAAGAGGGGCAAUAGCUCGGCCAAGAAGCCAUGUUUAUCAACCAUAUGAAGCAGACCGGUUGCAUGAAGCAACCGGACCAAUGGAAACGCCAGUUACUGGAGCUACGGACCCCAACUUCCAUCCCCAAGGAUUGCAAAAAGCUGUUGGUCUUAACACUGAUCCUGAGCAUGAAUUAGGGAUCAGUCCAAAGCCGACUGACCGUCAUGAAGGGCGAUUCCAUGAACUGGGUCAUCGUAAGGCACUCUCGGCUGCCUCCAAUGAUUCAGAUCGUGGAGAACGUGUCCCUGGUGUGCCGACUUCUAACCGGACAAGCGAACUCCAGAGUCGCAAUGAUAGGCAUGGCUAUGUCCCCGCUCGAUAUUAUCGAUAUAUGAAGGUUGUCCGUGACGAUCCGUACGGUCGCGGUUCACACGGAGGGCGUUCUCAAAAUAAACGAUAUGAGCGCUACGAAGAGCAACAACGUCGGUUUGAACAAGAAGAAAUCCCAUCUGGACAUGACCGCACUGCAGACCGCCAUCCUGAAAACCCUACGGUACGCAGAAUGUAUCCGGCAGAACCCUAUACCGCCCCAUUACGGCGUUUAUCCCGUGAGCAUCUCCCACACGAUAACCGCACACCUCCGCCUCCACCUCCGCGGCAUCCUUACACUCGCUCACCAGAACAUCAUGGCGGCCCUUCACCCGUCUACUAUGACCAAUACGGGCGCCCACUAUACGAAUAUGAAAUCGUACACGUAGCGGACGACUCAAGGCUAAGACGCCCCUUAUACCCCCCCGAAAGCUACUAUGUGGAGCACGAUUCUGGCCGGCCGCAGCUCAUUGCUUGGGAUGUACCACCGCCGCGACACCAAAGUCGUGGGCAUGAAUACGUUUAUUAUGAAGACAGGGGACAUUCGAUACCAGCAGGUCAUCCUGUCCCAGACCCUCAUAGGAAGGCAGCAGUCUAUGAUCCGCCACCGCCAGAGAUCAAGGUCGAGUGUGGGCCUGCUCUGGGACCUGAAGGCCCACCGUAGCAUGGCGUUCGUGGCGGGGUUUAUACGUUUCGUCGUGCAAGUCUUGUUUUGGGCAGGAGUUCUAUACCAUUCUCGAUUCACUUUCCACUGUGCUAGGCGGUCGGUUUCUACCUGUCAGCAGAUGUUAGUGCAAGUGCGCAUAGUUAAGAGGCGUUUGUGAACCUGAUGGGUAAUGCCUAAUGUACAAUUUGGUAAUCUAAUCCCUUGUUCGUCCGAAGGACACGGGC